CGGGGAGUCAAUGGAUAUAUAUUCCAAAUGGUGGUCGAAAUGUAGACCGCAUCUCAAAGCUCAUUGUCUCUUCCAUUGUCCAUUUCUGGAUUGUUCAACGCGAAAUAUACAACCACCACAAUCAAAAUGUGCGGCCCUAACGCUGUUAGUAUCCGUCUCAUCAAGAAAUGUCUUUCUCCGACUAAUUCGCCACGACAGGAAUUCAAGCCCCUCCACAACAUUUGCGAGUUCCUCACCGCAAUCCACAUCUACGCAGAUGAAGCGCGUCAGGGAAAGACCCGCUACGUUCCCGCCACGCACUUCUGCUCUCACGUGCGGAAAGACCUCCGCCAAUGCCUCAUCUACGACUCCCACGAGAAGAACGCCCGUCUCAUCGGCGUCGAGUACAUGGUCCCUAAGUCUGUGUACGAGACUUUCCCUCCAGAGGAGAAGAAGCUCUGGCACUCGCACGACUUCGAAGUCAAGUCGGGAAUGCUGAUAUUGCCAAAGCCUGCGUCGAAGGAUGAGGAUGAGUGGGAGAAGGCGGAGCUGGAGGCCAUGAGGGAAAUCGUGGGUUUGUAUGGCAAGACGUGGCAUUUCUGGGAGAUUGAUGCGGGCCAUGAGUUCCCGAUUGGUUAUCCUCAUUUAAUGGGUUCGGCGACGCAUCCGUCGCAGGUUGACUUGGACGAAGCUAUGGCGGAGCGGAACAAGACCUUCAAUGUCGAUCACAAUAAGAAAGCCGAGGCUCGCAAGGUCAUUGACGUCCCAGUGAUUGACAGCCAUGCCAACUCUUGGUGGAGGGCUGCUGAGGCUGAGGACAAAUAG